UUAUGGGUGUAUCGCGUAUGCCAAAAGAUAGGUACAGAUAUUUUUGUUUGUUUAUGAAUCGUCUGCAAAAAAUUCCCUAAAGUAUCGUUUUCCGGGAAUAUUAUAAACUGUUUCAAUGAAAAAUCGAAGAAUUCGAAUGUGCCGCUUGUGUCUAUCGACAACCGUGGUAUUGCGGUCGAUUUUUACAAUAUUCAGGAAUCACAAUCUGGUAUUUAUCAUUCGAGAUUUUGUCAACUUGGAGGUAAGAGAAGAUGACAAGCUUCCAAAACUUAUAUGCAAAUCAUGUGCCGUCAAGCUUAUUCGCGUUCGAGAAAAUGUUACAUUAUUCAUCGAGAGCGAUAAGAAACUACGAGAUAAAUUACAAGAUGACGCUGAGUUACCGGAUGUUGUGGAUGAACUGCGACAAGACAAGAAGAGGAAAUAUAACCGCCGUAACGACGAUAGUAACAAUGACACGGAAGAAGAACGGAUUGAUGGCGAAGAGACUUUGGCAGAGAUAUCAAUCAAGAAGGAGUCAGAUUGUAAAGAUGAAAUUUUGAAUGAAAACAAAACCUUAAAUGUCCAACUGUUUGAAUUCAACGAAGUUAAGGAGGAAAUUUUGAACAGCGAUGCAGAAGAAGAUCUUCCACUGACGGUUUUUCGGAAGACGUCUAGCAACAACAGUAGUGCAGGUACUCAAUCUGCUGUGACAGAAGGCAGCUUGAAAAAUGAAAAGAGUUCAGCGGUUAUACCCCGAGAAAAACUAGAAAAUAAUGAUGUAUCUUCCAAAUCUACGCUAAUGGUGAACAAAGUUGAGGCCGAAAUCGAAGAUGACGAUACGGCAUUCACAAGUCCCAUACAUUCUGAAUCAGAACAUGAAACUUUGAAUGUUAAAACAGUUGAAACACCGCGAGUGAAAAAACGGAGAAUCGUUGCAAAAAGAGGAACGAAAAGAACCCGGAGUGAAAACAAGCAGUUAAAGUUUGAGAUUGAUUCCGAUAUGGAAGCAGAUAUAGACGACGAUGAAGACAGAGAUGAGACGUUUAAACUUAUAAUAGACGAGUCGAAACCAGGAAAUGAUGACACUGAUGACCAAUCUGAAGAUGAUUUGUUAGAAGCACAAUUAAAAGACAAACCAGUUAAGAGGAAGAGAGGCAGGCCAAAGGGUAUGGUUAAGCCACAUAAAAAAAGAAGAGGCGGUCGCAUUGCGAAAAAAACACUUCCUAAGCAAGACUCGGUACCAUCGUUACACGACUACAAAUGUUAUAUAUGCAACAGUGAAUCUCUGGGAUCUAGGAAGGCUAUGAUUGAACAUUUUUCUGUUCACAUUGAUAGGGUCCCGCACACUUGCAAAGAAUGUGUCAUGGAAACAGUGGUCCUAACCCGUGUUCGUACCUUAAACUCUCACAUGAAGAUGCAUGCUCAACCUGUUAAAUGUGACUAUUGUGAUCGUCGUUAUAGUAAUGCGGCCGGUAAGUACUAUCAUACACAAACAUUCCACCUAGGAGGCGGUGCUCCCUGUUUGGUCAAUUGCGAAAUUUGUGGUAAAACUUGCGGAUCGCAGACGGCUUUGAAACAGCACAUGAAAUAUCAUACAACUAAGUUGAAAUGUAGUAAAUGCGAUAUGGUAUUUAAUCAUCCCAACAAGCGGAGAAAUCACGAAAGAUUGCAUGAUGAGAAUCGCGGGUAUGAAUGUGUGGUGUGUAAAAAGGUUCUUCAAACGAUUGAAUCAUACGAUGUACAUCUCAAGAAACAUAGCCAGGAGCGCAGUUAUCAAUGUCAUUUGUGCCCGAAAAAGUUCAAUACUUCCUGCAACCUUAUUUUGCACCUUAAGGUUCAUGCCAAGAACGACAACUAUAAACCAGCUAAGUCUUGGAUCGAGCACUAUACUGUGCUAAGUCGGAAUCCAAUGCACUUCAAAUGCAAUCACUGUGACCGGUAUCAAACAGACAAGGUGAACAACAUGAUAUCCCAUUUACAGGCCCAUUUCAAGGAAUACGAAUGUGACCAGUGUCAGCACAAGUUUGCCACUGCCAAACAGCUGCGAGCACACUAUACCACUCACACUGGUGAAAAACCAGAAAAGUGCAAAUACUGCGAAAAGGUAUUCUCCACCAAAAACAAUCUCAGAAUACAUUUGAAGGCUUCACACCCGGAGUGGACUCCCCAACGGCAACAACAAUUGUCUACGCCGGGAACGCAGUCAGAGUUAGCGGCAACAUCGCAAACUCAACCCCAGUCCUCUGGAACCGCUCAUCCGUCAGCAUAUGAUAACUCUCCGGCAACAUCUUCGCCGUUUACAGCCCCGAGUGAAACACAGCAAACUCAGCAGCUUACGUUCAGAGGCUUACGAAGUUAGAUGCAAUUGAUGUUCGAAACAUCUCUUACCCUGUCUAAGUUAUAUUAAGUGAUUUAUCACAAUCCAAUCGAAAUAUAGACGGUUCGCAUAUUUAA